GCCCACUUAUAUUUUCUUCUCUGAAUUAUAUCUACUACUCUGUGUCUGCUUUCCCCGCGCUGUCGGACAACUAACUAUGUGCGGUCGCUUCGCCUUCGCUCGCUCUCGGACGCAGAUCCGCCAGAACGUCGCCGAGGACCUUGGCCACGACGUUGACGAGUGGGUUGACGAGGACAAUUUUCACCCUCGUUAUAACGUUGCUCCGCGAACAUACAGCCCCGUCUUGCGCUCAAGGGACAGUUCGCCCUCUUCGUCGAGCAGCGGCGCGUCUGAAGCUGGCGACGCUGCAGGACCUUCACAAGGCUCUACUUCUCAUUCUGGCGAGCCUCACUUUAUCCUGCACUCUAUGCGGUGGGGCGUCGUCCCGCAUUGGAGCAAGGAAGACACGUAUCAGAUGAAUACCAUCAAUGCCCGCGCGGAAAACCUACUCGAGGGUGGUGGCAUGUGGGCCAGCCUGAAGGGGAGCAAGCGGUGCAUUGUUCCAUGUGAUGGAUACUACGAAUGGCUCACCAAGUCACCAAAGACAAAGCUUCCACAUUUCCUGAAGCAUAAGAACAACCAUCUCAUGUACUUUGCCGGUCUUUGGGACUGUGUGCACCUACCUAACUCUCCAACGCCCCUCUAUACCUUUAGCAUCAUCACCACGUCCGCGCCGUCCGCCUACGCCUGGCUCCACGACCGACAACCUGUCAUCCUGUCGUCGGCGAAGGAGAUUGAGACCUGGUUAAACCCGACGCUAGCGUGGGGCAGUGAGCUGGCGCGCUUGCUUGAGCCGUAUAAGGGAGAGGAGCUGGACUGCUACCAAGUCCCGCAAGAGGUCGGCAAGGUCGGGAACGAGUCACCGGCAUUCGUGCAGCCAAUUGCUCAGAGGAAGGAUGGGAUCAAGGCGAUGUUCAAGAAGCAGGUCAAGAAGGCCGAUAAGGAGGUGAAGCGAGCGGCGAAGGUCGCAGAGGGAGACAAGCGAGCGCGAACGGUCAAGAAGGAAGAAGACGACGUCGCAAAGGUCGAAAGCGGUAUUUCGGACGCUACUUUGCCGCAGGUGAGGGUCGAGCCAAACCAUCCGCUGGCCAAGGGCGAGGCGAAGUCACCCGCGGUCAAGCAGGAGGUGAAGUCGCCCCAGAAGCGGAAGCGCAGCUCGAGUCCGACACCGAACUCGCAAGGGUCACAGGCGGCGCCCUCGACGCCGUUGAAGAAGGUCAAGACGUCACCAGCGGCGAGCUCGCCAUCACCCAAGAAGGGCAAGGGCACGCCAGCGAAGGAUAAAGAGAUAUAACUGCGUUCUUCAAGAAGAAGUGAGGACGGCUGGAAGAAUUCGAUGCACUCUUGGCGGUUUUUGGGGCUCUAGGUGAUGGGCAUAUUCACCAUUUGGACCCCUCUUCCUACAUAGUCGCUUAUUCCGUUGUAUUUCUUGCGCAGAGCGUAUAUUCAACCAGCAGGCUCAUCUUUGC